AUGGAGGCCUUGCUGUCACACUCGUUUGACUACCUCUCCUCGAGCUCUCCUCAGAAGAUCCGCAAAGGACUCCGCCAGGUAGAAGGUUUGCUUGCACAACUAUGCCUGCCCAGAACCAACAACGCGGCGAAUAAACGACAGUCGAUGCUUCUUCUGGGGUCAUCGGCACCUUCUUCACCACACUCGAGGAAGCUUUCAGACCUAUCGUCCGAUCCCGCCUUUCGUGAAUUCUUCAAAUUGCAGCAGAGUUUCCAAUGGAACAUUGCCAUGAGACUAGUUGCAAGUCUAGAGAGACUCCUAGGAAAGGAAAGCAAUGGAACGAAUGAUCUGUUGAUCAUUCAGACGCUGGAUCUCAUUCAAGGUGUCCUCUUACUACAUCCACCCUCGCGAGCGCUGUUUUCGCAGGAGAUAUACAUGAAUCUCUACCUCGACCUUCUUGACCCCUCAAACUGUCCCGCCAUCCAAUCCUCAACCAUAAUGGCCCUGGUAACCUCUUUACUCGACCAUCCGCAAAAUACCCGCACGUUUGAAUCCAUUGACGGCCUGCUGGUCAUUACCUCUCUAUUUAAAUCCAGAGGCACGUCCCGCGAAGUGAAGUUAAAACUCGUCGAGUUUCUUUAUUUCUAUCUCAUGCCCGAGAAUGCGGCCCCGAAGAUUGCAAGUUCAACCUCUGCGACAAACACCGCUAUUCUGGGAGGGAGGGGGAAAGAAGUCAUUGCAGCAUUUGAUCGUAGAAGGGGGGAGACCUUGAAUGUUUCGGAUGGCGGUGGCGUGGGUGAAAAGACUGGGAAUACGGAAGACUGUGGGAAUACAAGAACGACCGAAGAGAAGCAAAGCCUGCUAGGAAGGCAUUUGAGUAAUGUGCAGGAUUUGGUGGAGGAUUUGAGGGAAGGAGGAGGUGUCUUUGGGGCGGGUGGUAUGUAA